AUGUGUUCAACAAAUUUUCGCAAAACACCGUCAGCAUCAGCGUCACCUCUGCAAACCCGAGAACCAGCCACCGCUCACACAUCGAUCGCAAGACAGCCGCCGAAUUUCUACGCCAUGGCGACUCCGGCGGCUCGUACGAAUUGCAAGGUUAUACUUGCUGGAACCAUUGCAAAGGGGCUGCUGGCCGAAGUAGCAGACGGGUUAUCAAAGCUUGCGGAAAAGCCAAAGCUAGUUGGGUUUCUUGCCAACGAAGAUCCAGCAGCCCAUAUGUACGCCGAUUGGUCUGCCAAAACAUGUAGGGAGAACGGCUUUGACUUUGAUCUACGUGUCGUUUCCAAAGCGGACAUUGAGGAAUCAAUCCUCUCAGCAAACAACGACCCAACAAUCCACGGCAUCAUAGUCUACUACCCAAUUUACCCGGCCACAUCCCGGCAAGACUCUUAUAUCCAGCAAUUGGUCUCCCUCUCCAAAGAUGUCGAAGGCCUCACACAUCGUUAUGUCUUCAACAUGUACCAAAACAUCCGCUUCCUAGACCCGCCCAAAAACGAACAAAAGUCAAUCCUACCCUGCACGCCCCUCGCCGUUGUCAAAGUCCUUGAAUAUCUUCAAAUAUACAACUCCAUCCUCCCCUAUGGAAACCGCCUUUUUGGGAAGACCAUAACGGUCAUCAACAGAAGCGAAGUGGUUGGUCGUCCACUCGCGGCUCUCCUCGCCAACGACGGGGCAAAGGUCUACAGCGUGGACCUCGACGGCGUUCAGAUGUUCACCAGAGGACAAGGAAUCACAAAAUAUCACCACGAAGUUCAUCCACAGGAUCCCUCCUUUAAGCUCGAGAAUUGCCUACCCUUAAGUGAUGUAGUCAUUAGUGGUGUCCCCGGAAAGACUUACAAAGUCGACACAAAUUUGAUACGUGACGGUGCGGUAUGCAUCAAUUUCAGCAGCGACAAGAAUUUUGAUAGCGAUGCUGUAAAGCAAAAAGCCAGUAUAUAUGUUCCUGCGAUUGGCAAGGUGACGAUUGCUGUGUUGUUAAGAAAUCUUUUAAGAUUGGUCCAGAACCAAAAGGCUUCGGCUGUUGUUGCCGCUGAUCAAGAGGUGGCUGGGCAGCGCGAGGGAUGA